GGAGUCAGUCACAUCUAUAUUAGUUUUGGUCAAACACAUCUAGAGCAUCAGAGCCGGUCAGACACUGAGAGUGAAUCAUCACAUAAUCAUUCUGUUCAGAGAUCAGCACUAAGAUCGGCAGCAUGCGUUCCACAGCUGGUUGUUUGAUUCUGAUCAUUCUACUUGGAAUCUGUGCAGAACCGGCCUUGUGUAAGCCAAAGGUUAAGGUCCACCUGUCAAAGAUGACUGAGGAGUUGGAGCGAGAGGCUUUUCAGGUCGCUCUCGUGGCUGUAACUAUCUACACAAUCGAAAAUGACAUGGCUAAAUACAUCGGGAAGGAAUUUGAGAGAAAGCAUGGGGGCACCUGGCAAUGCGUUAUGGGGAGCUCUGGUUACUGGGUGCGAUAUAAAAGUAGUUAUAUCAGCUUCUCUGUUGGCGAGCACAAAAUUGCGCUCUUCAAUACUGCCUGAGGUUCAGCAACAGUUCAAACUUAAAUAUUUUUUUUUAAAUAUAUUAAAAAAAAAUGUUAUCCACAACUAACAAUACGUCCCCCUUCAGAUUGUGGUUCAUGUGUUACUGUCUUUGCUGUGAAAUCUUUACUGAUUUUUAUAAAAUAAACAUAAGAAAAUCUUUUAUAUUGUUAUUCAUAUUUCAAGAUGAAGAGUUAGUUUAUUUUUGGCACAACAUAAAAUGUGUAAAUAUAUAGUACAAAACACACAAACAGCAAACACAACAUUCUGACAUCUCUCAGUGUAAAAUCCUUACUGCAGUGGGAAUAAAAGAAUGACUGUGCCGAUUGAUUUCAAGUAGGGAUACUAUAAUUCAUACCAGAAGAAAUCAUGUUAAAUAUUAU